CGUGCGGGGUUGCUUAUUGCCCGACGACACCAACGCCCUCGACGGAUCUUCUCUUUUUAAGGGAAAUUCACCCCACUGUUGGCGUCCUUUUAGCCACCAUCGGCGUCCUUUAACCCACGAUUGGCGUCCCUUACCCUCGACCGGCGCCCUCUUUUUUUUUUUUACUUUUGGCUGGAGCGGGUGAAGAAAAAACGAUGGCGACUUUACUUCAUCUGAAAGAUUUUUGGAGGAAGAUUCGCGAGCUGUACACGACGGUUGUGGGAUUUAUGAGAUAUGUGUUUGGCUCGGUAAUGAUGAUUGGGGUGGCCCCAGAAUACCUCGCAAUAUGGCUUGUGUGGCGAGGUGCUUCACUAGUGUUCCCUUCCUGGAUAUACCAGUGGGGGGAUGACAAACUCUAUUCUCUCUAUCAGCGGCUAGUUCUCUUUUUCUUUGAGACGUGUACAAAUUUAGAGGUGGUGUUAUAUGGUGAUGCUGUAGAUGCUCUGAAGAAGAGAGAAAGUGUCUUAUACCUUGCCAACCAUCAGUCAACAGUUGACUGGCUUGUUGCUGACAUGAUCUCAGUCCGAGGUGGAUCUUUAGGACACCUACGCUAUGUGAUGAAAAACACACUCCAAUUCAUGCCACUCUACGGGCACUACUUCUACGCACACGGCUGUAUUUAUGUGAAACGUGGGAAGUUCAGUCAGAACAAGAUGAUUCAGGCCCUGAACUAUCUCACACACCCAAAGAUUCCCACUUGGUUGGUGAUCUUCCCCGAGGGCACACGCUACUAUCCCGGGAACCCUGAGGUGAUCCAGAAAGCAGAGCAGUAUGCAAGGGACAACAAUCUUCCGGCAAUUGGAACAGUGACUGCUGCUCAGGAAGAAGCCAAGGUCUUGGUUAGAAAGUGCUCCGAGAAAACAGUGCUGAAGCAUCACUUGGUCCCAAAAACCCGAGGAAUGUGGUUAGUCAGCCAACAGUUACACGAUAAGAUUGAUGCCAUAUACGAUGUCUCUGUGUUCUAUGAUGGGACUGUGGAUGAGCAAGGCAUCAGAGGAAAUGCUCCACAGCUCGUAGAGUUCCUAUCGGGAAAGUGCAGCAAGGUUCACGUACACAUCAGGCGCAUCCCAAUGUCUGAGGUGCCGAAGGAGGAAGAGGAAGUCGGAAAAUGGCUACAUCAGCUUUAUAAGGAGAAAGAUGAAUUGGCUGAGAACUUCUUCACGCAGGAUAGUGAGAAGCGAAAUAAUGUUGAAAAGCUGUUGCAUGGCCAUAAGUCUUCACUAAGUCUUUGGUCGACUCUCUCCUCCUUCCUGUUCUUUAGUGUUAUCUCAGUGCCAUUCAUCUGUACUAAAGUUGGAAGGCAGAUGUACACAUAUUUACUGCUCUAUGGAAGCCUUGGCUCGUAUGGGUGGCUUUUGAUUCGUAAUGUUUGUUAAGCCUGUUUUUUGAAGAGGAAAAAACUUGUGUUUUUGAUAAUGGAGGUGUUGAGUUUUUUCAUUCAUGUCCUUGCCAAGUGACAACAAAUGGCAAAAGGAACAAAGCGGAACAGCAUAAGGGUGACCUCCAGAUCUGUUUCAAGAAAUCACAUUAUGGGUGAAACAGUUAAUUAGGAAACAGUUUUUAUGUGUAUACUUGGAUAAGAUGUUAUGAAUGCAUCGAUUUUGGGGAUGUUUAGUGGUAAUGGACCAUCCCAAUGAUUUUUAUGUAAAGAAUGUGGUAAAUGGAAACUUGUAUAUUAAUGAAACAUUUGUCUCAGAUCUUCCGUUGUGCACAGACAGAUUUUUGAAGUAUUACAUGGGUUUUCAUGAUGUGCAAGUCAGUUUCACUGGAUACAAAGUACAGAAAUUGACAUAUUUGAUUAUCAUAUGCCUGUUCAUAUUGUAAUUAUUGUAUAUUAUCUAGGAGUCUUUCAGUAGAUAAAACAUGAUAUUUCUUUGUCAUAUAGUGAAUGAAGCUUGUCAGAAAUAAAGAAAUAUUCUCAUAAAUCAUGAUUUGUUUUUGAUGGCUAAUUCCAGCAAACUGAAAAAAUACAUGCAUGAGCUUGCAUGUACACUAGAUAUGUAUGGUAUUCUGGACUAAUCCUUAUAAUAUUUUCUUUAACACACUGAUUCUCCAUUAUAUUUCUGUUGUAAAUCUAUAUUAUUUGUAUUAUCAGAUACAGAAAUUUGGAUAUAUUCCUUGAAAAGGAAGGCAGAAAAAGUAGAAAUAAAGUAAGAGAAAAAUCUGAUAUACAUACCUCUAUCUGCACACACACACUGCAAUCCCCACCCAUAAAUGUGUGUAUAUGUAUGGGUAUUUUCCAGCCAUUGAUAUUAUAUACAACAUUUUUUUCUGCAAGAAAUAGAUGCUCAAUGUUUUUUGCAUGGCAAUAGUGUUUCCUUAAAAUCUGUUUUAUUUACAACUGUUAUCCCUUUUACUUAUUAAACCAUGCUUGAAGGAAAUUACUUUGUCAUCAUGAGGUUAGGGUUGUUUGUGAACAAAAAUAUUAUUUAUAAUGUUAAUAAUGAAUAUAAUCAAUAAGGUAAUGCUGUUUUUGUUGCAUAUCAGCUUUGGAAAAGUGAUUAUCACAAGAUGCACUUGUAUAACUGUGAAAUUGAAAGACUAGGCAAGUGUUUAAGGAAGUUUUUGAGAAAGUGGUGACAAUUACAGCAUGUAAACUGUAUGUAGAAAUGUAAUGUUUUUUUUACAAUUUUUUUUUCUUUCACUUUCUCACAUUUUUUUGUCUUGCAUUCUUCUUUGGUGGUCUUGUUUAUGUAAAAUUAUUUAAUUCUUCUGUUUUUUUUUAGAUACAGUAGCAUUAUAGAAGUCUUGGUGUGAAAAAAAAAAAUUAUAUUGAUUUUUAGAAUUAGACAAUGUUCCUUUUUUUUCUGCUGCCAGUGGUGUUGUUUUAUUUGUAUGGUUACUGCACAUUUAAGAAGUACAAUGUAGACUGGUAUUAGGGCAACAUAUUUUUCCAAAAAAAAAAAAAAAAAAGAGAAAAAGAAAAAAUAAUAAAAUAUAAAAUACUAUGGUCACUUUUCAGUUACAAACAUCCCUUUGUGGAGAAAGAUGGAUCAAUCAAAUAAUUUUGCAUUAUGAGGAACAACAACGGUUAAAUAAGAGUAUUUUGUUCUGCUUACAUACUGUGAUACCAAAACUUCUGCCAGUUGACAUCAACCAUGAAAAUCUUCAAAGUGUCCAUCAAGACCAUAUAUAUAUAUAUUCUUGAUUAACAAUGAGGUCUUUAAUGAUACGGGGAAUGGAGGGAAGGUUAAAUGAGUAACUAGAAAAUGCGGGAAAGCAGCUUAUGACAGCAAUUCAGGUAAGAAUUACAUUGAAUGAAAAUGAGAGAAAACAGCUGGACUUGAAUUUACUAAUAUUACCUAUCUUAAUAAUAAGACGGCAAUAAAAGAGACAAAAGAUGUGUUGGCAUGUUUUUAGAGGUAAAAUGUGUAUCCGCAAUUCCGUGUAUAGUUUAGGUUAUUACAGAAACAUAAUAAAAAGGUUACAAUUACUUUAUUAUGAAAAAGUACAAAUACUGAUACCAAAUAAAUAUAAUUCAUUCUUGGGAUAUAUUCUAAUAAGCAAAGUAAACAUUUGGAAAUAGAAAAAUCAGUAUAACAUUAUUUUAUGUUCUAAACCUAGCCAGCAACAACCCUCGGCUUGUAAUGUUCCGAGAUUGGGAAACAAAACGUCUUAAAAAUAAGUAGAUAUGUUGCUUAUUUCAGCAAAUUUCUCAAUCACAGUUAGGAAAUCAAUUAUCCAUUAAAGUCACAAGUUCAAAUAAUCCUUAUAACACAAGCUGAUUACUAUCACUUGUGUUAUACUGCCUGGCAGUCAAUUAACCAUUAAUAAAAUCAAUAAUUCAGUGAACACCUAUGUAUACCAAUUACCUCGAAGAGAAUACAUACAUGUCCAUUUUGUACAAAAAUCAGUUACAAUAUUGAUAUUUACAUAUUUACGACCAUUUGCCCCACAUAACUGGCACAAGCCAGGGAUGCCCUUCAUUGUGUAAUGCAGAAACAAAAACGAAGUCUAGGUGUUCUGUGACUUCUGAAUAACUGUCAGCUGUCAGACACUGUUGUGGAUACCUCAUUUGUUUUUUUGUUUUUUUUGAACCACUUGAUCUUCAUUUAUAGACCUUUGUAACUGUCAUAUAGUGUGCAUGUAUUAUACUGCCUUUGCAUAUGUAAAUGUAAACAAAAAUGCAUUUUGGCUGAAAGUUUUCAGUUUUUUUGUUGUUUUUUACUUACUUUUUUUAUGUACGGAGUUACACCAAUAAGACUAACUUUGAUA